AUGUUAGAAGGGAAGGCCGUUGUGGGAGAGUCUGAUAUGCUGCAAACUAUGCAGCAAGAUGCCCUUAAUUUGGCAGCCAAAGCUCUUGAUUUCUUUGAUGUUACUGACUCAACUGAUAUAGCCCGGUUCAUAAAGAAGGAAUUUGAUAGGGUCCACGGGUCGGGUUGGCAAUGCAUUGUGGGUACGGAUUUCGGGUCAUUUGUGACCCAUUGCUGUGGUUGUUUCAUCCAUUUUUGUGUGGGAAGCCUAGCAAUUUUGCUGUUCAAAGGGUCAACGGGUCAAGACGAGGACUCAUGUUGA